CGUGGAACAUCAACUAUGAAGUUUUUGGCCACCACCGGAGCUGUGCUCCUUCCCCUCGCCUCCGUCGCCGGUGCUCUCGAGCUCAAACCCGACGACGAGAGCUCCAUCAAGAGCUGCUCCGAGAAGUACGCCAAGGGCCUCAUGUCGAGCUACGAGUACAACUCCCCCGAUCUGCCAAAGGAAGAGCGCGGCUACUGGCCGAAACCGCAUUACUGGUGGGCUAGCGGUGCCAUCUGGGGUGGUGUCAUCGAAUACUCGCAGACUUUCGGAGACUCGCAGUACGUCCAGACCGUCCAGGAUGCUCUGGCUGCCAACUACGGCCCCGAGAACAACUUCAUCAUGGCCGACAAGCGCGACCAGCAGGGCAACGAUGACCAAGCUUUCUGGUGUCUCGCUACCAUGAGUGCCGUUGAAUAUGGCUUCCCCGAGCCAGCCAACGCCCCGGCCAGCUACCUCGAGGUGACGCAGAACUGCUUCGAGAACAUCAUGUCCCGAUGGGAUACCAAGUCCUGCGGCGGCGGUUUGAAGUGGCAGAUCUACCCCGACAACGCCAACGUCGGUGGAUACAACUACAAGAACUCCAUCAGCAACGGAGCUGCCUUUGCUCUGGCUGCCCGCCUCGCUCGCUACACUGGAGAGUCCAAGUAUGCCGACUGGGCCAAGACCAUCUACGAGUGGUCCAGCAAGGUCGGCCUGAUCGGCCCCAAUUUCGAGGUCUUCGACGGUACCGACGACAAGACCAAUUGCAACGGCCCAUCCGACAAGACCGAGUGGACUUACAACAACGCCAUGUACCUCCACGGUAGUGCUUUCAUGUUCGAUGUCUCCAAGGGUGACAACGUCUGGAAGGAUCGCGUUGCUGGCCUUCUCAAGCACGCCGAUGUUUUCUUUCAGAACCCCGACAAGGUCAAGAACGUCAUGUUCGAGCGCUGUGAAUUCAGUACGAAAUUUUGUAAUCUCGAUCAACAGUCCUUCAAGGCCUACCUCAGUCGCUGGAUGGCCAAGACUGCUGUGCUCGCCCCCUUCACCAUGGACACUAUCAGCGAAUACCUCAAGACGACUGCUGUUGCCGCCGGCAAGACCUGCGCUGAUGACGGCUCCAACUGCGGUACCCGGUGGUACAAGGGUGUUGCCGACGGCAUUGUAGGCAUCGGCCAGCAGCUCAACGCCAUGGAAGUCACUCAGGCUCUCAUCACUCUCAAGAAGAAGACUCUUCCCGGCACUGGAGGAUCCCCUGCCCCGAAACCCUCUUCCUCGGCCGCCCCUAGCUCCAGCAAAGAGGCUCCUUCUAGCACCGAGCCCGCUCCCACUCCCGUCGAAUCGAAGCCCGUGGAAUCGAAGCCCACCGAGUCGAAGCCUGCUGAAUCUAAGCCCGUCGAAUCCAAGCCGAUCGAGAGCAACAAGCCCGUCGAAUCCGUGAAACCUGUCGAAUCCACCAAGCCUGUGGAACCCACCAAGCCAGCUGACUCCAACAAGCCUGUCGAAAGCGAAAAACCCUCUGAGGGCAAGCCCGAAGAAGCGAAGCCCACUUUCUCUCUCGAGCAGCCUAAGCCUGUCGACAGCAAGCCUACCGAAAGCGCAUCUACUAGCUGCACUGAGAGCAAGGGCGCUGCCGCUACUCCCAGCAGCAACCCCGCUGAGAGCAAGCCGGCUACUGCCCCUGUGGUGCCUACCAAUGUCCCCGUCCCUGCAGGCACCCCUGGAUUCCAAUUCACACCGGCCCCUGUACAAUCUUCGUGCACUUGCUCUGGCAUGAAGACGGUGACUGUCUGGGUUCCGCCCACCCCCUCGUCCUUGGCUCCCCCAGCUCCUCCUCUGUCGUCUAGCGUCAAGUUCACGCCCCUUCCCUCACCACCUGUUGUGCCGUCUGUUCCAGCGUCGAAGCCUCUUGUGCCCUACCCAACGCCCUCUCGUAACGCGACUGUGCUCCCCACGGGUACAUCGACGCCUGUGAACUCGACCAACCCCGGCAACAACACCUUCUUCGGUGCGGCAACCGGCACCACCACGGUGGGCUUCAGCACUUUGUUCGCUGCGGCGGGUAUGGCAGUCAUGGCAGCUCUUUUGUAGAUGUGAUUUGAGUCACAUAUACCUAUAUACCUGGGUCGAUGUUUCAACGGAGCCGGCCCCUCCUCUUUCUCUUCUUGUGUGUUUGCCUUUCUUUUCUGACAGAUGGAAAAAAGCAUUUUGCUUCUGUAGAUAGGCACUCUAAUCCUUUUUUUGGUUCUGGCAUUAUAAC